CUGUAGAGAGAGCGCACAGGAGAGAGAGAGAGAAAGAAGGAUUAUUGCAUGAUUGGCUGGAGAGGGAUUUAAACUCUGCCCACUCGGGCUGUUGAUCAGCUCUCCUCUCUCAGUCUUUGUGUACGUUAGUCUGGGUUUAGGUGCCCCAGUGUCACCGUCAGCAUUUGAGCGUUUGUAUGCAGCUGAGCCUGGCUCUGCAGUUUGACCUUUACUGCACAUUCCUUUCAGCUCUCAUCAAAGCUGCCCAGGAGAAAGGGGGAUUCGAGAGAGAGAGAAAAAGAGAGGGAGAGGGAGAGAGAGGGGGAGGGACUUAAGAGAAAGUGAGGGGAUAGAGGGUCGAGAAGAAGGAAAGGAGAGGAGUGUGCGCUGGAGUGUUUGUGCGUGUGGCGAGCAACUGUGAGGGGAGGAAAGCAACAAAAGACAAGAGUCCAUUGAGAAGAUCUCACGUACAGCAGCAGCAGGAACAUGUUGACUGUCGUGGCGGUGUGUGUGGGGCUGGUGGGCCUCCUGUACAGCCUUUACACCUGGUUGAUUCCUGCAGCGGUCCAGUAUAACUCCUGGUUGGCUUUGCUCUGGCAUGAUGUCAUUGUGGAGAAGACUCUCAACGCCCUGACCAGUUCCACACGACCCCAGCGUCUCUUGCGUGCGGUUCAGAGGAAGGCGACCAAAGGAGACCCCCAGAGUGUCAUCUCUGCCAUCGACUACUUCUGCAGGAACUCUGAGUGGGCCAUGAACGUAGGCGAUGAAAAAGGGCCCAUCCUGGACUCGGUAGUGUGUGAGGUGAGUCCAGCCACUGCGUUGGAGCUGGGCACCUACUGUGGGUACUCCAGUGUGCGUAUCGCCAGGCUGCUGCCUGUGGGAACCAAGCUCAUCACGCUGGAGUUCAACCCAGACUAUGCCUGCAUCGCCAAGCAGGUCAUCCAGCAUGCAGGCCUGGAGGACAAGAUAUUUCUGGUGGAGGGAGCCUCUGGUGACCUGAUUCCUAAGAUGGCCGACAUGUUUGGGAUAAGCACAUUUGACUUUGUGUUCCUGGACCAUUGGAAGGACCGCUACCUUCCAGACCUCAAGCUGCUGGAGGAGUGUCAGCUGUUGAGGAAAGGCUCUGUCCUAUUGGCUGACAAUGUGAUCUGCCCGGGGACACCGGACUACCUGGAAUAUGUGAGGAACAGCCCUCACUACGAGAGCCGUUACUUCCAGUCUCACCUGGAGUACACCAAGGUUGAGGAUGGUCUGGAGAAGUCUGUCUUCCUGGGCUAACAGGUCUAUGGCUCACCAGGGUGGGCGCAUGCCUUGUGUGUGGGGGUGAGUGUAGAUAUGGAUCAAAUGUUCCUCUUAUUGUACUUAUGGUACACUUGAAUAAGUGUUAAACAGCACUAUGAAAGGAACAGAUGGAAGUGGUCGGUCAGUAUACAUUCUCUAUACAUCAAGUGCACUGUACGUAUGAGUAGGUGUCAUGUGUUCAGUCACAAUGCCUUUAUGGUUUUCUACAAAACCGUGGUUUUGAUGUUGUUUACCAGACAGAAGUCUACAGGGAUAUACAAUCAUCUUACUGAUGCUUUUUCUCCUGCUGUCUUUUACAGAAAUUUACAUUUUGUCCUAUAGUUAUCGUUAAGAUGUUGUUCCCACCAUCCUAUGACAAAUGACUUUUGCUGACAUAUAUAAACAAUUUCUGUACAUCACUGACAUUUUCAUAGAUGUCAUUAAAAUGUUUUUAUCAACCUCAUUAGGGUGACUUUUGCUGUGUACC